UCCUGUUCGACACAACGAUUGUUUCCGGCACGACGAUCGUCUUCGACAAAACGGUCGCGUUGGACACGACGAAUGUGUCAGACUCGACGAUCGUAUUCGACACGACGAUCGCGCUCGGUGACAUUCGAUCAUGUUCGACACGACGAUCGCACUCGACACGACAGAUGUGUUCGUCUUGACGGUCAUCUUCGACACGACGAUCGUGCUCAACACUGCGGUGACGACCUUGUUCGACUCGACRGUGACCUUGUUCGACAUGACCGUCGCCGUUUCGAACACGAUCGUCGUGUCGAUGAUGACUGUCGAGACGAACACAUCCAUCGUGUCGAACACGACCAUCGUGUCGGAGAUGAUCGUCAUGUCGAACAAGAUCGUCGAGUCCUCGACGACAUUCGUGCUGAACACGAUCGUCGAGUCGGACUCGACAAUCGUGCUCGACUGGACGAUAGUGUUCGUUCGACUCGACGAUUGCCUUCAACUUGACGAUCGUGUUCGACUCUACAAUCGUGUUCGGCACAACGACGGUGUCCGGCUCAGCGACACGGCACUGCGGCCGGUAUUCGGCACGACAAUUCGCUCGGUCGUCGAGUUCGAUUCGACGACAGACCCGAUCGCCGUGUUCGAAACGACGACUGCUCCGGUCCGUUGUCGUGUUCGACUCGACAGUGCUCCUCCGUCGUCGUGUUCGACACGACCGCUGUCAAUCGAAAGUGCCACGUGGCAUUACGUGGUUGCGUCUAAGCUUGCUGGUUGUGUCCUCACCGUCUGAUCCUGUGGACUCGGGGUGCUCCGCUAUGGCUGCGCGUCGCGUCCUGGGGUCGUCUGCUCGCCUCCGUCGUCGCGACCUCCGACCGU